AUGUUUGGAGUGUCUCUAGGAUUAUUUCCAGUUCUAUUCAUUUAUCGAUAUUCUGUUUUAUCAAAAAACAAAUUAUUGGCGACAUUCGAAUCAAAAACAAUUCUCAUUUGGCUAUCAAUUCCAUUAACAUCCGGUCUUAUUUUUGGUACAAUUGCUUGUAUUCUUACUUCUCCUCAAGAUAUUGCAUUUCAACAACUCGAACCAUUUUUACAAAACUCAUUGAGAAUUUCAAAAGAGAAUUUUGAAUAUCUAUGUUUAUAUUUCAAAUCUAUAACUAUGCAAGAUAAAAUACUUUCAAACAAAUCUCUACUCGCAGUUUGUUUGAUGCAUUUAUUAUUGGUAGGACGUGUCUCACACAAUUUCGAAGGAUAUUUCUCAAUAAAAAAUAAAUCUUUUUCCAGAUUUGUUCAUUGAUCCUCAUUUCAUACUUUGGUCUCAAAUGUUAUAAACUGAUCAAUGAAAAAUUGAAUCAGUCGAAUGCGUCGCAGGAAUAUCGCAACAUUCAAACUCAAUUUUUCUAUGCAUUAGUUGUUCAAACAAUGAUUCCACUUGCUCUUCUUCAUGUUCCAGCUGUUCUCGUUUUGCUAGCAGGCGUUUUUCAAAUCAAUUUAGGAUUGAUCAGUGGUUGUGUACCAUUUGCAUAUGCAAUAUUUCCCGCCGUUGAUCCACUUCCAACGAUUUUCAUCAUCAAAAGUUAUUGGAGUGCUACUAAACGUGGGUUCUUUGAAUUAAAUCUAUUGAACAUACUUUUUCAGUGAUUCUCAAAUCGUUUUUGACAUUUCCGAGAAGACUGAAAUCACCAACAGCUGUAUAA